UAUGGCCAGGCGGGUCGUCCAUCUCAGCGGGCAACAGCCGACGACGAACGCGAUCAGAAAAUUAUUUCUUCCAUCUCAUCUAGUGAGUGACCGCCAUUAAAGCGAGACAAAAGAUUGAUAAAAGUGCUAGUUUUUCGUGCGUGAUUGACCAAAGUGAAUUGCGAAUAAGUGGAAUUUAACGGGAUUACGCACGGGCCAAAGUGGAUCCGAUUUCCCGGAUCGUGCGACGCGAAUUUUAGACGGCAGUAUCCACUGCCCCUCCGGCUGGUUUUCCAGCUUUUUUUUUCGUCGGUUGACCAGGUGCUAAAAAAGCUGCAAAAAUUGACACUUCGGGGGCCUUCACCGGGCCGAUCAUGUUCACCACGAACAACCUACAGGCCGCCACGCCCGUCGGUAUCCAGUACCAAACGACGACGGCGUCGGCGGCCGAUGUGAACAAACAGAUCAAAAUCGACGCCCAGAAAGCGACUCAGCAUACGCCAGAGUUCAGCACGUUCUACGCGAACGUAAACAUGAUCCAAAAACUGACGCCCACAUCGCAGGCUCUCAGCACAGUCAACUUGGCCCAGUUGGCGGACGAUACGAAAACUGUGCAAUACCUGCAACCAUUCAGCUACGUUAACUGUGCCCUGGGUAACCAAAUGCAGAUUCCCAACGGGGUCACCGGAAUAACAGUAGAUGGUCGACAGCUGGUUGUCAACAAACCAAUAACCUCUUUUCAGAACACUAUUUCGAACAUAAGCUUCAAAUGCGACGUUUGCGGUUUGAUGUUCAACCACUUGACACUUUUGAAUCACCACAAGCGUACCCACAACCAAGACGGAGACCCCACGUCGGAUGCCAUCACCGUUGUGACGCAACCGCAAGGACUCGUACAAGCACAGAAUAUCAUUUCGGAAACCGGUCAAAACUUGGGCCAAAUACAGAUUGUUGCCACCGAAGCGUUGGAACCAGCGACACACCAAGUGACGCAGGUAACUCAACAGCAGUUGGAACAACAUGCACAACAACAAGCCCAACAGCAGGCUCAACAGCAAGCUCAACAGCAAGCUCAACAGCAGCAGCAACAACAACAGCAACAGCAACAGCAGCAGCAGCAACAACAACAACAACAACAGCAGCAGCAGCAGCAACAGCACCAACAGCAGCAAAUAGUUCACGUCACCCACGUGAAACCAGAGAAGAUUCAAAAGUGCAUCACCUGUGGAGGGCCCAUCCAGAACAAUCCCAAGCGCAAAGGUCCAAAGCUGAUACGGUGCGAAACAUGCAUCAGCAACGACAAUGCUGGCAAUGUCGGGAGGCCGACGCAAAUCUUCGUAGCACCGGACGGUGACAUAAAGUUCGAAAUCGGAGAAAUCCCAGUCGCCAGCAACAGUAACUCGCCCAUAGAAACUCUGAUGCCGACGCAGAUUACCACCAUCAAGACGGAGCACCAGGUUUCGCCGGUGGGGCAAAUGACAACGACGGUGGUGGCCCCGCCACCGGCACCGACAGUACAUCCGGUCAAGAAGCGCAACCUAGCCACGGUGACCAAGUGUACCAAAUGUAACGGUUCCGGAGUGAUCAUCGUCGGUGGUAAUCCGAAACAGAAACACAUGCAUGCGGCCACAACGAACGUCCAGGUGCAGCAACCGCAAACUCAAGAAAAACCAUUCACGUGCAACACAUGCGGAGGACGUUUUUCGCGGUACUCCAGCUUAUGGUCGCACAAGAAGCUCCAUUCCGGCGAGAAGAACUACAAGUGCAACGUGUGCGGGAUAGCGUUUGCCAAGGCAGUCUAUUUGAAAAACCAUACUCGAAUCCACACAGGCGAGAAGCCGUAUAAAUGCGGAACUUGUGGCAUGCAGUUUUCUCAGUCUCCCCAUUUGAAAAACCACGAAAGAACCCACAGCGGCGAAAAGCCGUACGUUUGCGAAGUUUGCGAUAAAGGAUUUGCCCGUCACGCAACUCUCUGGAACCAUCGGCGUAUCCACACCGGCGAGAAACCCUACAAGUGUAAUCGAUGUCAGUCUGCAUUCAGUCAAGCAGCUCACCUUAAAAAUCACGAAAAGGUGCACUCUGGAUUGAAACCCUUCAAGUGCGACAUCUGUUCGGCUGCGUUUGCCGAUCGAUUCGCCCUGAAGCGACAUCGGGGAAUACACGAAAAAUAUGGUCAAACCGCUCCACUUCAUCAGUCUCAGAUCGUGCAAAAAGAGGAAAUCAUCGAAAUGGACGAAAAGUCGGGUGAAGUAAUCAUCGGAUCGAUAUAAGUUGUUCAAAAUUAUCCUAUAGAACCUUUUUUGAUGGAUGAUUGUGAUCCAAAACAGAGGCAGUUUACUAGAGGCGAUAUGUUUUUUUUCAAAUCAGGCUUUUCUUUUUGUUCUUGUCAAAAUCACGAGGAAUCAAUUUACUGUUCGCUUUUUUGGCGAAUCUGGAGUGUCAGUUUUCAACACUUACACUUGAAAUAGAAAAACAAUUUUAAAAAGCCAUAUUGAAACAAUUUUCUAUACAGGAUCACCAACUAAAUAUUUUUUGUCAAUGCCAUAGAGUUAGUUUCAUUUUAGCAAAAGAAGAUAAAUGGAAGUAAAUUAAAGUCAAAAACUAUAUCAAUGUAAUUUUAACAACUUAUUCUGAAGAAGUAGUAUUUAUCAAUUUUAGCGUUUUAUAAUGCUAUAAAAUUGUGUAAAAAAGAAAGGAAAAUAAAUUCAAACUACCUAGGUUACUGAUUUAAAAAUGAAAAUGUUGCAAUUAUUUUGCUACAGUAAGCAAAUGGUGUAAAUAGAUGUUCUUAUAAGUGUCUGCGAAUCUGUGGAAAUAAUGAAAAUGAUUCAACACAUCAGAUCGAUAGUAUCAUUUUCCAGCACAGAAAAAAAUGCAAUCGUUUUCUACUGUAUUGAAUUGAAUCAUUGCAUCCUUUGUUGAUGUCAAUUAGCUUUAGUCCUAUUUUUGUUUUGUCUAUCGAAGUUGUCGCACGCACCUUGUAGCAAAUAAAACAAUUGAAAAAUGUUCAAAAACCAAAAGAGGUCGUUUUGAUUACAAAAGCAUUAAUCAAGUUUCGCUACAAGGGGCGUAUUGGCGUUUUAGUAGUGAGGUUUUCUACAACCGUACAAAUUAGAAAAGGGGAAGUAUAAUUUAAUUCUUAAAAUAGUUUUAAAGUGUAAUACUGUACAUACAAAAAAAAAAUCACUUUCGUUUGUUCCGUUGUUUUCGAAUAAAAAGUGUAUAAAUGGCAAUAAGUUUUCGUAAUAAAGUUUACGAUGUAUUUCAAAGAUGAA